AUGAUCCUCGAGGAGAGGCCGGACAGUGCGGGCAGCGGCGAGGACAGCGCCCGGCUGCAGGGCUGUGAGCAGCUGCAGUCCCUGCGUAGCCAUCCCCAGAGCCGCAGAGCCUGUGUGCACCAACUGAUCAACAAGGAGCUGCGCAUCCGCACUGGGGCCGAGAACCUGUACAGAGCCACCAACAACAGUCGGGUCAGGGAGACAGUGGCCCUGGAGCUGAGUUAUGUCAACGCUAGCCUGCAGCUGCUGAAGGAGGAGCUGGACCAGCUGGACUGCGGCGUGGACACGCCAUGGCCUGAGGGUGAACACUCUGGUUCUAGCGAGGGGGCCAGCAUCCCCAUGAUCCCACUGGGACUGAAGGAGACCCAGGAAGUAGACUGGUCCACACCCCUAAAAGAGCUGAUCUCAGAGCAUUUUGGGGAAGAUGGGGCCUCCUACGAGGAGGAGCUCAAGGCGCUGGAGGACCUGAGACAGGCCACACGGACACCCAGCCGGGACCAGGCGGGCCUGGAGCUGCUCAUGUCCUACUACAACCAGCUGUGCUUUGUGGACGCCCGCUUCUGCGUGCCCACCCGGAGCCUGGGGCUGCUCUUCCACUGGUACGACUCGCUCACAGGGGUCCCUGCGCAGCAGCGGACCUUGGCCUUCGAGAAAGGCAGCGUGCUCUUCAACAUUGGGGCCCUCUACACCCAGAUCGGGGCUCGGCAGGACCGAUCGUGCCCACAGGGCACCGACUGCGCCAUCGAGGCCUUCCAGCGCGCCGCAGGGGCCUUCAGCCUCCUCAAUGAGAACUUCUCCCACGCUCCGAGUCCCGACAUGAGCCCAGCCGCGCUGCAUGUGCUCAAGCAGCUCAUGGCCGCCCAGGCCCAGGAGUGCAUCUUCGACAGCCUCUCCCUGCCGGCCCCUGUGGACCCUCACGACAGCCUGGCACAGCUGCAUCUGGCCCAGGAGGCUGCCCAGGUGGCGACCGAGUACAGCCUCGUGCACCAGGCCCUGGCCCAGCCCCCUGCCCGAGACUGUGUGCCUGGCUCCUGGGCCGCCCUGGUACAGGCCAAGGCUGAGUACUUCCGCGCCCUGGCCCACUUCCACACAGCUGUGGCCCUCUGUGACAGUCCCGGUGAGUGUCCUGCCUGCGCCGGUGCGGCUCCCUCCAAGGACGAGCUCAAGUGUGAGCUUCGACCUCCCUGGGCCUCAGAGCCUCCAGGCCUCGAGCUGCCGUUGGAGCUGGAGGAACGCAGGAAGCAGGGCAAGGCCCACCUAAGACGCGCCAUUCUGGGCCAGGAGGAGGCGCUGCGGCUGCAUGCCGGAUGCCGCGUGCCACGCCAGGUGGACCUGUUACAGGCCGUGGUGGCUCAGGCACUGCGGCGCUCCCUGGCCAAGUACUCAGAGCUGGACCUUGAAGAUGACUUUUUCGAGACCACAGAGGCCCCUGACAUCCAGCCUAAAACGUGUCAGAAACUGGAGAUCAGGACGCCCAGCUUCUCCCAGGUGAAGACCGCUGACCUCUUCCACAGGCUGGGACCCCUGUCAGUGUUCUCAGCCAAAAACCGCUGGCAGCUGGUGGGGCCUGUGCAUGUGACCAGAGGAGAGGGGGGCUUUGGCUUCACGCUGCGGGGGGACUCCCCUGUGCUCAUUACAGCCGUCAUCCCGGGGGGCCAGGCUGCGGAGGCCGGCCUCAAGGAGGGAGACUACAUCGUGUCGGUGAACGGGCAGCCAUGCAAGUGGUGGAAGCACGCCGAGGUGGUGGCACAGCUUCGGAGUGCCGGUGCUGAGGGGGUGGAGCUGGGCGUGGUGACGCUGCUGCCUGCUGCUGUGACGCCCAGCUCGGGAGACCGUCGGCCGGCCCUGCUGAGCAUGGGAGCCCUGCUGAAGAGCCAGAAGGGCCGAGAAACGCCAGCACCUCCUCGGACCAGCCCCAGGCCCCUCCUUGGCUGGAGCCGCAAAGCUAAAGUGGGGAAAGCCCGGCGCCUGGUCCCCUCGGACACUGCCACCCUGGUCCCGGACCCCUGCGGGCCACCCUCACCGCGGAGUGUUCCAGCUGACCAAGUGAACACCGGGGGCACUGGUUUGGAGCUACUGGUCAGCAGCUUGUCCCAGGCCCACUUGAGUUCAGCCAUGUGUGCCCAGUCUGCCCGCAAGCCCUCAGAGUCCCCAUGCAGGGAACGGGGCAAAGGACAGGCCCUGAAUGAGCUGGGGAGCCGCCUGGGGCGGUCAAAAGACCAGGCUCAGCGAAGAGGGGUGGACAGUCCUGGGCUGCGGUGCUGCUCCCCGUGGCCACCAGGGGGCAGGCACUUCCAGCUCAAGUGGUCCACGAAGGGGAAGGAGCCGGAGACCAUCCUUCUGCUCCAGGCACAAGCCUCCAGCUGCACAGGGGGUCUGGAGUGGACCGGCCUCCCCUGCCUUCCUGGUGUGAGUGCAUUCCGGUGGAGAAAGGCUCCAGGGGUGUGCUCACUACCUGCUAAGGAGGGCGCUCCGGGGACCCCCACACAAAGCGGCAUUGUAUGCCCUGGAGGCACCCACCACCCGGGAGCUUUCAGCUUCCAGCCCCUGCGGGCGGAGGGGGAGGAGCGGAUGCGAUGA